GUUUUCAGAUUUCACAAAUCAAAACCGAAAACUAAAUUUUGAAUUUUUAUAUAAAAAAAACCGACCAAACUAACUGAUACUCACCGCUAAUUAGUCAACAAAAUGGUCUUAUAAAGUAGCAAAAAAAAAAAAAAAGAAAUUAGUUUGGAAUAGGAGUCAAUAAUCAGCAGAAACCAGAAAACGGUAAAAGAAGAGAAACCCCAAUGUGGCGGCACCCAUCGACUACUGCGGCCAACCCUGAUUCUGAUCAGAGCAUUUCUGACGAAGAAGAUUUUGGUCAUGUUUCGCCUGAAAUUUGCGUUUCAUUGGCCCACUCUCCCCAGAAGAAGAAAGGAUUAGAAAUCUUGUCCCAACUUGAGCUACUCGAAGGUACUCAUGAAAGUGGAACCAAGCCUAGUACUUUGUCACAUGUGAAGCCAAAAAGUUCAAGUUUUGAAGAUGAUGUUGAGAUGCCUGAGUUCAAUGAUGAGGAUGACUUCAUCUGUCCCCCAAAGGAGGCGAUAUCUGAAGGCCUUAAUGAUCUGCUUGGAAAGGGAAACUUUAUGCUGUCAAAGUUUUCCAAGACUGAUGCAUCUGAAACACUCUCCAAAGAUGUCAUACUUAGUAUUGAAAAUGAAAAACAAGAAGGCUCUUACUCCUGGUCUUCCGCGAGUAAAGAAGCUGAGGCACUAAUGGGCCUAAGUGAACAUGCUUCAUGCCAUUCCAAGCCAAAGAAAGUUUUGAAAGGAGCCAAAGUCAAAGGAAAGCCAAAAUUUUCUUUUGGUUUACGGUUAAAUAAGGACAGACUAUCUUCACCUUGUACUUCUAAAGACAAAAACUUGUCAAAUAGCAUCCAUGAAGUGCCGGAAAGAUUGAACCAAGAUGAGUUAGCUGCUGAGCUUCCUGAAGAUAUACAAGGCGAAGAGGAAAAUAUGUCAGAAAUUGUGCCUUUUGAAGUAGAGGCUGUUAAACAUGGAUGCUGUGAGGAAACGAUGGCCGCUCGCUUAGAUGGCCUACAGGAUAACACUAGCCUUCUGAGAAGAAAUUCGAAAAAGUUUGGUAGUAAUAGAGGAAAGAAAUCCCAGCGUGCUGUAAACAGUGUAAAGAGAACUAUAUGUCCAUUGGGAGAUAGAAUUGUGAACAAUGAAGACUUCGCUAAUCUCAGGGGCUGUAGUGGAUCAUCAAGUGAUAGUGAGAUAAGUGGUAAGGACUUAGAGCUAGCCAUUCCUCAUAUGAAAAGGCAAGCCAUGGUAGAUCAGUUCCAGGAAGCAUUGGGCUCUACCAUAUUGAAUGAUAAUAUGGCUUUACACACUGGGCCUAAACCACCAAGAAGUGGAUUAUUUUGGAAAUUGCAGCAGGUCAUGCAGAGCGAAAAGGAACAAGACAUUGAUUUCUUGAAGACAUUAGGGAAUGGAGUGUACCGAAAUGAAGCUAGCUGUGUUUAUUGUAAAAUUUGGGCUAGAUACUUGGAAGGAAAGCUGGUAGUUUGUCGUUGCUUCUUCAGCGAGAAAUUUGAGAGUUUCUCAUUGUCAGAGACAGCCCUCAAAGAAAUGGUAGAUGAAGGAACGGAAAGGACAAUCAUUUUCAACCCCAGAGUUUGCAAUGACGUCGAACUUGAAGUUGGGAAUUGCAUUCGUAUCUACUCCCCGUGGAAGGAGGUCCAAGCGGCCAAUGACAAAAACAUUAUUUUAGCUAAUUAUUUUUCCACCAUAUCGGUCAGUUCAGGUUUCUCAAAAGAGGUUUGAUUUGCUUUUGUAUUGCAUUUCCUUAACAUAAUAUGAUGAAGACAAAACGAACAGAUGAUUAGCAAAAUCUCAUUCUUUCUGUUUUUCUUAAAACAGUUAUUUUCAUAAUAUACAUGUACCUUGUCUUAGAAAAAUGUAGCUCUAUUGGUUGGGUUAGGUGGAUAGGUUGUGUAAUACAUUAUUCAAAUUCUUGUUUGUU